AUGCGGGCGGCAGCAAGCCAAGCGCCAUUCACAUUUACACCGGAGCGUGGUCAGCCCAUCUGGUCGUGUGGGUACCCAUGGCAAGGCGAUGCUUGGGUUGGGGGAGCAGGUAGAGGCGUCGAGGGGAUGUCGCCAUCUUGGUUGGUAAAAAUAAGAAGUGCCGGAGGAGUGUGUUUAGGUGCUGACGAUGACAGCGUGUGCAUGGUCAGACAACUUGGCAAGGUCGACGUCAUAAAGCCACGAGGGUUCCGGGAUGAUCAGCAUGGCAUUGGUGAGAAAAUAGGAGGAAACUAUAAUCCUUUAGUCGGCCGCCGGUCGCAAAUCACAGCACCAACCUGCACGGCUAGCGAGCUCGGUCGAAUAAUACACCGUGGGGCUGAACUGCUGGCCGCAGCGGACUCUGCUGCGGCCAAGAAAUCGGAUGUAGGGUGCGGCUGCCCCGGCUGA